ACGGGACAUUAUCGCCAUGAGUACUAUGUUUGCAGACACGAUUCUGAUCGUGUUCAUCUCUGUUUGUACAGCGCUGUUAGCCGAAGGGAUUACCUGGGUAUUGGUGUAUCGGACUGAAAAGUACAAGAGGCUAAAGGCUGAAGUGGAAAAACAAAGCAAAAAACUUGAGAAGAAAAAAGAAACUAUUACAGAAUCUGCAGGACGUCAGCAGAAGAAGAAGAUUGAAAGACAAGAAGAGAAACUGAAGAACAACAACAGAGACCUUUCUAUGGUGCGCAUGAAGUCCAUGUUUGCCAUCGGCUUUUGCUUCACAGCUCUAAUGGGCAUGUUCAAUUCCAUCUUUGAUGGAAGAGUAGUGGCCAAACUGCCCUUCGUACCACUGUCCUACAUCCAAGGACUGUCGCAUCGCAACCUCCUGGGCGAGGAUUACACUGACUGCUCAUUUAUCUUCCUCUACAUCCUCUGUACCAUGUCCAUCAGACAGAACAUUCAGAAGAUGCUUGGUCUCGCACCCUCCAGAGCUGCAACAAAACAGGCCGGAGGCUUCCUGGGACCUCCUCCCCAGGCAGCGAAGUUUUCCUAAUCGUCACGUUAAUCUGUGAUGUUCCUGCACUGCAACUAUGAGGAGUCGCAGCUGCCUCAUCCCACACCUCCCAGAUCACGCAGAGAGAACUGCUUGUGCUGGAGAAAAUGCAUUAUCUGUUCCAGCUACUGUAUCACUACUAUUUUCUGGUUGAACUCACAUUCAUUUGUUGUUUAUUUAAAUUUAACAUAAUCUCACUUAUAAAUUAGAGGAAGAAAAGUUGUUUUUAAUUAGGUUAAUUAGUAAAGGAAACAAAUGUCUGCCUUGUGUUCAGCAUGUUGUGCAUCGUACUGGGAUUUUAAUUAAUAAUUGGCACUGUAACAUCGGAUCCAUUUGUCAGUAUAAUUUUAUGUCACUGUUUCCUCAUUUCUUACAUAUGAAUGAAGUUUUAUGAUUA